CCAGUGUAAACAGGUGCCCGUUCGUGAUUUCCCGUUAACUUUCUAGGUAGACCGUUAUAACGCGAUUAAAAGAUUAAAUUGGCUUGAUCAGAUUAUCUUAAUUAGUAAUCAUGCCAGGAAAAGCUCGUGGAAGAAAGGACAGUGACAGUGAUGACAGCACGGAUAAUCAAGAGACGACGGGCACGUUUGAAACAUUGCGUGAUGAAGGAGAACAUUUUGUGCAUGUAAAACAGUACAAGAAAGCCAUUGAUAGUUUUACAAAGGCGUUGGAAAUGAAAACUGAUGAUAGUACCUGCCUUGUUAUUAGAGCUAAAUGCCAUUUAAUGUUAGGAAAUGCUGAAUUGGCUCUCGCUGAUGCUAAUGCUGCACUGGAGAAUGAAGAUGGUAGUAAAGAUAUCCGGGCCCUUUUAAUGAAAGCAGAAUCUUUAUAUCAAAUGGGAGAUUUUGAAACAGCAUUAGUUUAUUAUCACCGUGGAAACAAAGAGAGACAGGAACUACAAGACUUUCGACUUGGAAUCCAGAAAUGUCAGGAAGCAAUUAAUAACAGUAUAGGAGAACCAAAUUCCGUUAAAUUGGAGACAUCUGGAGAUCUGUCAUUCUUCCACAAACAAGAAGAGGAGGCAAAGUUAAAGGAAAAGCAGAAACAGCAGGCAAAAACAGGUUAUAAAAAACCUCCCGGCAACCAACAAAAAGAAGAAAAGAAAGAAAGAAGUCGACCUCAAACCGCCUCGAACCCUAAAACCACCAAACAACUACUCGGACAAUUAUUUCAAGAUAAGACAUUUCUUGAAGGAUUAUUUGAUGAAAUGACAAAUAAUAAUACAGAAACUGGUGAAUUUGUUAAGGGUCGUGCUUGUGAUGGUCUGGAAUACCUUCAUGCCAGGUCAGAUUUCUGGCGUCAACAAAAACCCAUGUAUGCCCGUAAACGUGAUAAAUCUCGUCAGGAUGAACAGCUGAAUCGUCAUAAGCAAAAAGAUACAUCCAAACCUGAAAGUCCAGUGCAAUAUAUUUUGAAAAUGUUAGAACAGAUAGACGAAGCAAUAGCAAAAGAAAAGUAUGAAGAGAGUUUACAAAAAUGUCGAAAAACAAUGAAAAAAAUUGACAGUUGGUCAGAUGAUGAAGUCCGUAACAAACCAGAAUAUUUAGCGAACAUUCACAGCUGUAUGGGAAAUGCCCAUUUAGAAAUGAACAAAUUAGAUGCAGCAUUAGAAAACCACAAAACAGAUUUAGAAUUAGCAAAUGAACAUGACCUCGAAGAUGCACAAUCCAGAGCAUUAGAUAAUAUUGGUCGAGUUUAUGCCAGAAAGGGAGAUUACGAAAAAGCUAUAGAAAUCUGGGAACAGAAGAUACCUUUAAGUAAAACAUCGUUAGAAAGCACAUGGGUCAACCAUGAGAUGGGUCGUUGCUACUUUGAAUUAAAAAAGUACGAAAAUGCAUGUGACUAUGGGGAGAAAUCACUGAGCGCAGCCAAGGAAGCAGAAGAUGAAGGAUGGCAGCUACAUGCAUGUGUUCUUAUUGCUCAGUCACAAGUAAAAUGUGGAGAUUUACAGUCGGGUGUUGAUUCGUUUGAGCGGGCAUUAGACAUGGCAAAAUCACAAAAAGAUAGAUCCGCAGAAAAAGCCAUUAAAAAAGCUUUAGAAGAUGUCAACGACCAGAUUGUUAAAGGUGUUGAGUAUUCUGGGUCGCGGAGGGGAAGUCGGGAUAGUAGUGACCGAGAUCAUUCACGCAGCAGAGAUCGUUCACGCAGCCAAGAUCGUUCACGCAGUAAAAAUCGUUCACGCAGCAGCAGCAGAAACCGUUCGCGCAGCAGAAAUCGUUCACGCAGCAGAGAUCAUUCACACAGCAGAGAUCGUUCACGCAGCAGAGAUUGUUCACGCAGCAGAGAUAAUUCUCGCAGUAGAGAUAAUUCUCGAGACAGGAAGAAGAAGAAGGGCAGACGAUCAUCUACAUCAUCGUCGUCCUCGUCUUCAUCUAAAAAACAUUCAGACCGAGAAGAAGAAAAAAAUAAGAAAAAUGUUAAAAAAGAUGAGAAAAAUAAAAAGCAAGACAAUAAAGUGAAAAUUGAAAAGAAAAAAGUGAAGCCAGCUUUUAGAUAAAAUCCCUGUAAAGACUCAAUUAAUUGCUGACUUUUAAUUUAAUUAAAACAGGCUCCAAAUUUUAUUCAAACAGAAACAAAGAAUAUCUUAUUGGGCUUAAAAUUCCAAUAAGGACCCUAAAUACAAUUUUCUAUCAUUUCAUGGUUUUAUGUAAUAGUUUUAUUUUUAUAAAGCAAGCUUAAAGAAGACUACUUAAUAUGUAAUGAUGCAUUAUGUAAGAACUAAAUCUGCCCAUUACAGGUCUUUUCUUUUGCCUCAAAUGUUACAUAAUUUAUUAUUUAAAUAUUAAUUCACACAACAAGCCCAUAACCAACUCUUUAGUCCAUUGGAUGGCAGGGAUUUUUAAUGGAUUGAAACACGAUUGCCAUUUAAUAAUUUAAUUCAAAAAUGGAUAAUUGAGCUGCAAUUGAGCCUCUGUUUAUUAUCAUAACAAUGGUAGCAAAGAAAAUAAAGUCUAUGCUAUUGUUAUCAAAACUUCCAACAGAAUAAAAUAAUUUGACAGAAAUUUUUAAUAUAUAUCUCUUUCAUAAUCUAUUUUUAAACUAUUAUAUAGUGAAAAAUGUCAGCUCUUUAUGUAAAUCUUUUAUAAUGCAUCUUUAUGAGAAUUUUUACAGGAAAUGAUUACUGGUUUUAUUAUAGAAACACGAUCAAAUGUCGUCAUUGUACUUGAUAAGGAUAAGAUGGUGCCUAAUUAAUAAACCAAUGUUUGUUACCUAUAAAAAUGGUAUCCUGAUGAAUAAUACUUUAAAAUCUAUCAAGCAUAUGGGAGUAACAUUCUAGCUCUUACAAUCAAUAUAGAUAAAAACUAGAUUCACUGCUGAAUUUUAAAUUGCAAUCUGUAUAUGUAUUUUAUAAAAAGUGUGCUAAAAUUUCUUGCUUUUAGUUUUCUGCCAAAAAAUCUGAUUAAAACACAGAUCUUAUUUCGUUUCGUUUUUUAUAGUUCAAAAUUUCGUUUUACUUGUCUUAACUACACUAGGAUCUGGAUGAGUUGUUAUAUUACCGGUCUGUUACGCCGUGUUCUUGGCGUGCCAUGCACAGAACUGUAGGUAAACCACUAGAAAUGUCAACGCUGAUUGAUUAAUCAAUGUCAAACCUCAUAGGGUCAAAAGCCACUCGUACGACCCCUGACACGACCUUCCAGUACAACUUGUCAGAUCUUCAUGUUGUGUAGGCCAUCAAAAGUAUUAAAAAAAAAUGAAACGAAAUGUAGAUCUGUAUUUUAAUCCGAUUGUCUGCCAAUAUAUUUAAUUUAACGCAGCUUUUGUUUGUAAGUUUUUAUGAUAUGUCAAAAUAAUUUAUAUUGCAUCACAUUUGCAUGUUCAGAAAUGCAAUGUUUUUUACAUUUACUUAUCUGUUGAGUCAGGUAUUAUUUUUUUGUCAUUGAAGGGGGGGCGGGUGGAGGUGGAGGUGGAGUUUCCAUGAGUAUGACCAGGGCCCUUAUUCACGAAAACUUAAAACUAAGUUACAACCGAAAUUUUAAGAAAUACUGCAACUUCAUUGGAUAUAUGCAAAUUGAUUUUACUGGUCAGCCAGUCGAAUUGCAGUAUUUCUUAAAAUUUCGAUUGUAUUUUAGUUUAAGUUUUCGUGAAUAAGGACCCUGGCUAUUUUGAAUUCGAAAUAAGAUCAUUAGCUAGUUAUUGUGACUGCAUCAUUUAUACUGCAUCUUGAGCAGCAUUAAAACAUUAUUAAUCUCAUUAAUUGGUCUUGAUUGUGGUUUUCUUGGCCUCUGCUUAAAAUCCCAUGAAAAUCAGUAUAUGAUCGGAAGUGCUGUCUGAUUCUGCAUACUUUCUCUCCUAAUGGGUUCAUAUGCUGUAUGUAAAAUCUGAAUAUGACUUUGGCAAUGUUGUUGUUAAAGUUGAGACAAUUUCGACUAGAGUGAUUCAGACUCAAAUUGAAAUGGUUAAAAUAAGGGAUAGCACAUGAUAUACCCAAUGAAAUGAAAUAAUGGUUAAUUUGGGAAAUCAUGUUACCAUAAUUUACUUCAGUUUCUGGUCCAAACUUUAAUUGAAUUACAAAACUACCUAAUGUGAUAUUUUUUCAUUUAUAUACUGAAAUUUUUGCUAUGUAUGGUCUUGUUAUUAUGUGUUCUUGUUGGUUUUUAACCUUUUGAGGGAAACUGUUAUUUUCUACUCACAUUUAAUUUGUACUACAGCAUCUUACUAUAUAAGUGUUAAUUUAUUGUAAAUAUAAUAAAACCAUAUAACGCUUUUUAUUAACGGGUUUACAACUUUUUCUUUAUUUAUUAAUUUCAACUUGUUAGUAUUUGCUGCACCCACAAAAUGUUUUUCUAACAGAAGAAUUAUACUACAGUAUUGUUUCAAAAGAUAAAAAUGCACUACAGUAUUGUUUUAAAAUAUUAAAAUGUACUUCAGUAUUGUUUUAAAACAUUUAAAUGUAUGACAGUGUUGUUUUAAAACAUUAAAAUGUACUACAGCAUUGUUUUAAAAUAUUGAAUCUACUACAGCACUGUUUUAAAAUAUUAAAAUGUACUACAGUAUUGUUUUAAAAUAUUAAAUCUACUACAGCAUUGUUUUAAAAUAUUAAAAUGUAUUACAGCAUGUAUCAAAAUAUUUACAUGUACUACAGCAUUGUUUAAUAAUAUCACAUCUACUACAGCAUUGUUUAAUAAUAUCACAUCUACUACAGCAUUGUUUUAAAAUAUAAAAAUUGUUUUAAAAUAUUAAAAUGUACUACAGCAUUGUUUUAAAACAUUAAAGUGUACUACAGUAUUGUUUUAAAAUAUUAAAUCUACUACAGCAUUGUUUUAAAAUAUUAAAAUGUACUACAGCAUUGUUUUAAAAGAUUAAAAUGUACUACAGUAUUGUUUUAAAUUAUUAAAAUGUACUACAGUAUUGUUUUAAAAUAUGAAAAACUACUACAGCAUUGUUUUAAAACAUUAAAUGUUAUGAAACUUACUGCAACAUACAUCAAUAAAUUGUUUUAUUACCAUA